ACUGCUUUUAAUGGCAUGUGGCUUGUAACUUUACUUCUGCUGUAUUCUUUACAAAAAGUCAAGAGUGAGGAUGUUAUUUCUACGCGACUGUACUUUGUGAACGCCUCCCUGCAGCGGGUGACCUUCUCCAGCUCGGUGGGGGUGUCCCUGCCCUGCCCUGCGGGCGGCGCCCCCCAUGCCGUCCUGCGUUGGUACCUGGCUGCCGGAGACGACAUUUACGACGUACCCCAUAUCCGCCAUGUGCAUGCCAACGGCACCCUCCAGCUCUACCCCUUCUCCCCCUCUGCCUAUAACAGCAUUAUCCAUGACAAUGAAUACUUCUGCACUGCCGAGAACCAGGCAGGCAAGAUUCGCAGCCCCAGCAUUCACAUCAAAGCAGUGUUCAGGGAGCCCUACACAGUCCGUGUGGCUGACCAGCGCUCCAUGCGAGGAAAUGUCGCCGUGUUCAAGUGCCUCAUCCCCUCAGCUGUCCAGGAGUAUGUCAGUGUUGUUUCCUGGGAGAAGGACACCGUCUCUAUUGUCCCAGGUAACCGUUUCUUCCUGACCUCAUAUGGCGCUCUGUAUAUCUCAGAAGUGCAAAAGGAAGAUGCUCUGUCCACCUACCGCUGCAUCACAAAGCACAAGUACAGUGGAGAGACUCGUCAGAGCAAUGGAGCCAGACUCUCUGUUAUGGACCCUACGGAGUCCACCCCAACCGUGCUUGACAGCUUCCAAUCUGGAGAGGUGCAAAUUGGGCACAGUGUCGAGCUUCCCUGCAUCGCAUCCGGAUAUCCAAACCCCACCAUACGAUGGCUAAAGGAUGGGCGGCCAUUACCGGCAGAUUCCCGCUGGACACGGCGCAUCACAGGCCUCACCAUUUCAGACUUGAGGCUGGAAGACAGUGGCAACUACAUCUGUGAGGUCACCAACAGUUUUGGCUCCAAAGAGGUGACAGGUCAUCUCAAUGUUAUAGAGCCACUGCGGGUCACCUUGUCCCCCAAGAACCUGAAGACAGGAAUUAGCAGCACAGUGAUCCUCUCUUGUGCGGUCCAGGGUUCACCUCACUACACUGUCUCGUGGUACAGAAACACAGAACCUGUCCUGCCUGAUCAGCACUUUUCUAUUCAGGGGGCUCACAAUGAGACCCUCUUUAUUUCUGCUGCUCAGAAAAGACAUUCAGGCGCGUAUCAGUGUUUUGCUACUCGCAAGGGCCAAACCGCCCAGGACUUUUCCAUUAUCCUGCUGGAAGAUGGUACCCCACGUAUUGUGGCCUCCUUCAGUGAGCGGGUGGUGGUCCCAGGUGAACCUUUCUCCUUAAUGUGCACUGCCAAAGGAGCCCCUCCUCCAACUAUUACCUGGACUCUGGACGAUGAACCAGUGGCCCGGGACAUGCUGAGGGUGCGGGCCAGCCAGUACACUCUGUCUGAUGGCAGCACUGUGAGCCACGUGAACGUCAGUAACCCGCAGAUCCGCGAUGGAGGAGUGUAUCGGUGCGCCGCACGAAACUCGGCUGGUAGUGCCGAGUACCAAGCGCGCAUAAACGUAAGAGGACCUCCAAGGAUUCGGCCUAUGAAGAAUAUUACAGCUGUAGCAGGAAGAAACACUUUUAUAAACUGUAGAGUGAUUGGCUAUCCCUAUUACUCAAUCAACUGGUAUAAAGAGGGACUUCUUCUGCCUGACAACCAUCGCCAGGUGGUGUUUGAAAAUGGGACUCUCAAAUUAAGUGAUGUUCAAAAAGGAAUGGAUGAAGGGGCUUAUGUAUGCAGUGUACUUAUCCAGCCUCAGCUCUUCAUCACACAGACCGUGUAUGUCACAGUUAAAGUUCCACCUCUGAUCCAGCCGUUUGACUUUCCUCCAACCUCCAUUGGUAAACUGAUGUACAUUGCCUGUGUGGUAGCGUCUGGAGAUAUGCCCAUACGGAUCACUUGGAGAAAGGAUGGACAGGAAAUUGUUCCCUCUUCUGGCAUCACCAUUGACACCAAGGAGUUCAUGAGUUCUCUCCAGAUAUCCAAAGUGUCACUUAAACACAAUGGCAACUACACCUGCAUAGCCAGUAACGAUGCUGCUACUGUGAGCACAGAAAGGCAGCUUACAGUCACAGUGCCCCCUCGAUUUGUGGUGCAGCCAAACAACCAGGAUGGAAUCUAUGGGAAAGCAGGGAUCUUAAAUUGUUCUGUGGAUGGAUACCCUCCUCCAAAGGUUAUGUGGAAACAUGCCAAAGGGGCACUAGGGAACCCACAACAGUACCACCCCGUGCCUCUGACGGGGCGUAUCCAGCUAAUGAGUAAUGGCUCCCUGCUUAUCAGACAUGUGCUUGAAGAAGACCGGGGAUUCUACCUCUGCCAGGCAUCCAACGGUGUGGGCUCAGACAUCAGCAAAAGCAUGGUCCUCACUGUCAAAAUACCGGCAAUGAUCACCAGUCACCCCAAUACUACUAUGGCCAAAAAGGGCCAUGUAAAGGAGCUAAACUGCACUGCCAGGGGGGAGUGGCCUAUCAUUAUUCGCUGGGAGAGGGGUGACACCGUGAUUGACCCGGACCGCAACCCCCGAUAUUCUAUUACAACCAGCCCCAAUGAGAAGACUGACGAGGUGCUGUCGACUCUCAAGCUAAAGCCAGCAGAGCGUGAGGACUCUGUCUUCUUCUCUUGUCAUGCCAUCAAUUCUUACGGAGAAGGACGAGGGCUCAUUCAGCUAACAGUGCAAGAACCACCAGACCCUCCUGAGUUAGAGGUGAGAGAAGUCAAGGAUCGAAGCAUGAACCUUCGCUGGACUCAGAGAUUUGAUGGAAACAGUCCUAUUACUUCCUAUGACAUUGAGUAUAAAAAUAAAACAGAUUCUUGGGAGCUAAAGCAUGCGACACGAAAUAUCUCUCCCACAAAUAAUCAAGCCAACAUUGUGGAUCUCCACCCUGCCUCUGUCUAUAGUAUUCGCAUGUAUUCAUACAACACUAUAGGCAAAAGCGAGGCUAGUAAAGAGCUCACCAUUAGCACAGAGGAAGCACAACCUGAUGGUCCCCCGAUGGAUGUGAUGUUGCAACCAGUGACUUCUCAAAGUAUCAGAGUCACCUGGAAGGCUCCCAGAAAGGAGCUUCAGAAUGGGGUGAUCCGGGGUUACCAGAUUGGUUACAGAGAGAACGGCCCAGGCAGUAAUGGUCAGUACAGCAUUGUGGAGAUGAAAGCUACAGGGGACAGUGAGGUCUACACUCUGGAUAACCUGAAGAAGUUUGCCCAGUAUGGUGUGGUGGUCCAGGCUUUCAACAGAGCUGGCACGGGGCCCUCCAGCACCGAGAUCAACGCAACAACACUCGAAGAUGUUCCCAGCCAGCCCCCUCAAAAUGUACGCGCCAUCUCCGUCACCUCUGACGAGGCUGUCAUCACUUGGGCUGAGCCCCCCAGACUGACCCUGCAUGGGGUCCUAAAGGGGUAUCGUGUUGUUUUCUGGGCUGUUUUUCCAGAUGGAGGUUGGUUAAAAUGGGGUGAAAUGCAAAAUAUUACCACCAUCAAAGAGCAAGUGGAGCUUAAACGUCUGGAGAAGUUCACCAAUUACAGCAUCCAGGUCCUGGCUUAUACUCAGGCUGGUGAUGGCGUCCGGAGCAAUGUGCUUUACAUACAAACCCGAGAAGACUACCCUGGACCUCCAGCUGGUAUAAAAGCUGUGCCCUCAUCUGCCAGUAGUGUUGUAGUAUCCUGGAUACCCCCUCACAAGCCUAAUGGAAUCAUCCGCAAGUACACCAUCUACUGCUCCAGCCCCGGGUUGGGCCAACCGCUUCCCAGUGAAUAUGAGGUCAACCCAGAGCAACUGGUAUACCGUAUUACACACCUGAACCAUCGCCAGCAGUACCUGAUUUGGGCUGCAGCAGUCAACACAGCCGGACGAGGCAACUUCAGUGAUAAGGUCACAGUGGAGCCAGCUGCUAAAUCUCCAGCUAAAAUCCUGUCUUUUGGAGGUACAGUGACCACUCCUUGGAUGAAAGAGGUGCGAUUGCCCUGCAGCUCAGUGGGAGAGCCCUCACCUACAAUAAAAUGGACCAAAGACAGUGAGGACACAGCCAUCCCACUCGCCCUGGAUGGACAGAGAUUCAUCUUAGCUAAUGGCACCUUAGUGCUGCGCUCAGUCAAAGCUGAGGAUUCUGGCUAUUACACCUGCACUGCUACCAACACUCUGGGAUUUGACACUAUCCUAGUCAACCUUGUGGUGCAAGUUCCCCCAGACCAACCCCGUCUAACGGUAUCCACAACUUCCACCUCCUCCAUCACACUGGCCUGGAUACCAGGAGACAAUGGAGGGAGCUCUAUCAGAGGCUUUGUGCUGCAGUACUCAGUAGACAACACAGAAGAAUGGAAGGAUGUAUUUAUCAGUUCAACUGAGCGUUCUUUCAAAUUAGACAAUCUACGCUGUGGAACCUGGUACAAAGUCAAACUCGCUGCCAAAAACAGUGUAGGGGCUGGGCGCAUCAGCGAGAUUAUAGAGGCAAAGACUCAUGGCAGAGAACCUCAAUUCAACAAAGACCAACCAGUUUUUACCCACAUAAACUCUAGUCAUGCUCGCCUUAACCUCCAGGGGUGGGCUAGUGGGGGCUGCCCCAUCAGUGUAGUGACACUAGAGUUUCGACCAAAAGGUACGUGGUCCUGGCAGAGCGUCCGAACCAAUGCCACCACAGAUGUGUUUCUGGCUGAGUUGCGUGAGGCCACCUGGUAUGAAUUGAAGAUGAAAGCCUGCAACAGUGCCGGCUGUGGCAACCAAAGCUCACAGUUUGCCACUUUGGACUAUGAUGGAAGUACAAUCCCACCAAUAAAGUCACCCCUGGAAAAGAAUGAUGACGUCAAAAAGCUGUUUUCCAUUGGAUGUCCAGUGAUUUUAGUAACUCUGGGCGUCGCUCUUCUCUUCAUCAUUAGAAAGAAACGCAAAGAGAAGAGACUUAAGAGACUGAGAGAUGCCAAAAGCUUGGCAGAGAUGCUGAUCAGCAGUAAAAACAACCGCAGCUUUGACACACCAGUGAAGGGGCCUCCUCAAGGCCCACGCCUACAUAUUGACAUCCCCAGGGUGCAGCUGCUGAUCGAGGACAAAGAGGGCAUCAAGCAAAUUGGUGAGGACAAAGCCACUAUUCCUGUGACGGACACUGAGUUCAACCAGACUGGGAACCCUCAGAGUUUCUGCGCAGGUGUGUCAGUGCACCACCAGGCUCUCAUACAGAACACUGGCCCCCUGAUCGAUAUGUCAGAUAUCCGUCCUGGAACUAAUCCAGUGUCACGAAAGAGUGUCAAGUCAGCCCACAGCAUUAGAAAUCGUUACUCGAGUCAGUGGACUCUGACCAAGUGCCAGGCUUCGACACCAGCCCGUACUCUCACCUCAGACUGGCGCACAGUUGGCUCUCAGCAUGGCAUCACUGUGACCGAGAGUGACAGCUACAGCGCCAGUCUCUCACAGGACACAGAUAAGGGUCGAAACAGCAUGGUGUCUACAGAGAGUGCCUCUUCCACCUAUGAAGAGCUGGCUCGAGCUUAUGAACAUGCCAAGCUGGAAGAGCACCUACAGCAUGCCAAAUUUGAGAUCACGGAGUGUUUCAUUUCUGACAGCUCAUCUGACCAAAUGACAACAGGAACCAAUGACAAUGCAGACAGUAUGACAUCCAUGAGCACACCAUCAGAACCUGGUAUUUGCCGUUUCACUGCCUCACCCCCAAAACCCCAGGACUACGACCGUGGCAAGAAUGUAGCUGUGCCCAUACCACACCGUGCAAAAAGUGACUACUGCAAUUUACCCCUCUACAUGAAGUCAGAUCCUUUCUUCAGAAAGCAGUCGGAGCAUCAUGACCCCUGUCCAGUGGUCCCACCCGAAGCCUCUAUUCGUGGGUUGGCCCAGCGGUACCUCCAGGGCCGUCAUAUGACUAUGGACUCAAAACAGUCCCUGACCAUGGGCCAUUCUGGCCUAACCUCCUCUGGGGUUUCCUCUGGGGCCACAGGGGGUGCAGGGGCAAGUGGAGGCUUGUCUGCCAGCUCCAGUAGCUCCACACUUCCUCAGAGGACUCUCACUAUGCCUAGCUCUUCAGCAGCAUCAGCCCAGAGUACUGCUGCAGCUGCCUCUGCCUCUGCCUCUGGCGGAGGGGCAGCAGGGGCCAUGGGGGGACCUUCCUCAAAGAUGGGAGGAUCCAGAGACUCUCUCCUGGAGAGCAGUUCUUCAGGUUUGGGCAGACUGCAGAAACAGAGGGAUGGAGCGUACUCCAAAUCCUACACACUCGUGUAG